GUGGUGGGAAGUAGGGUGGUUGAUGAACGUCACAACUUGGGCUUAUCUCCCCCCAGCCACAGGGAGCCCACAGCCCCGGGGUCACUCUCCAGCAGAACAGUCCAGUCCCAGUUACUGGGAGCAUGGCCUAGGGCUGGCAGCCCCACCGUGCACGGAGGCCGAAUUUCCCAAGAGACCUUGGAGACACCCGCAGCCCCCAUUUGCAGGGGAAGAUGAUUCCUGCCUGGCUUGGGAGGGUGCUGCUUGCUCUGGCUUUCACGUUGCCAGGGGCCCUUUGUGGAGAAGGGACUCCUGGCAGGCUGUCCAUGGCCCGAUGCAGCCUCUUCGGCGACAACUUUGUCAGCACCUUUGAUGAGAGCAUGUACAGCUUUGCGGGCAGCUGCAGUUACCUCCUGGCUGGAGACUGCCAGAAACACUCCUUCUCGCUCAUCGGGGACUUCCAAGAUGGCAAGAGAGUGAGCCUGUCGGUGUAUCUCGGGGAAUUUUUCGACAUCCAUCUGCUUGUCAAUGGCACUGUGCUGCAGGGGGCCCAAAGCGUCUCCAUGCCCUAUGCCUCCAAAGGGCUGUUUCUGGAGUCUGAGGCUGGGUAUUACAAGCUGUCCAGCGAGGCCUAUGGCUUUGUGGCCCGGAUUGACGGCGGCGGCAACUUUCAAGUCCUGCUGUCAGACAGAUACUUCAACAAGACCUGUGGACUGUGUGGCAACUUUAACAUCUUUGCUGAAGAUGACUUUCAGACUCAAGAAGGGACCUUGACCUCAGACCCCUACGACUUUGCCAACUCCUGGGCCCUGAGCAGUGGGGAACAGCGGUGCCAGCGGGCGUCCCCCCCAAGCAGCUCCUGCAACGUCUCCUCUGAAAUGCAGAAGGGCCUGUGGGAGCAGUGCCAGCUUCUGAAGAGUGCCUCGGUGUUCGCCCGCUGCCACCCCCUGGUGGACCCAGAGCCCUUCGUGGCGCUGUGUGAGACGAUGCUGUGCCCGUGCGCGCAGGGGCUGCAGUGCCCGUGCCCCGUGCUCCUGGAGUACGCCCGGGCCUGCGCCCAGAGGGGGAUGGUGCUGUACGGCUGGACGGACCACAGCGCGUGCCGACCGGCGUGCCCCGCGGGCAUGGAGUACAGGGAGUGUGUGUCCCCCUGCACCAGAACCUGCCGGAGCCCGCCCGUCAGCGAAGCGUGUCGGGAGCAGUGCGUGGACGGCUGCAGCUGCCCUGAGGGGCAGCUCCUUGAUGGCAGCCGCUGUGUGGAGAGCACCGAGUGUUCCUGCGUGCAUUCUGGGAAGCGGUACCCGCCAGGCGCCUCCUUCUCGCGAGACUGCAACACCUGCAUUUGCCGAAACAGCCUGUGGAUCUGCAGCAACGAGGAGUGUCCAGGGGAGUGUCUCGUCACAGGACAGUCCCACUUCAAGAGCUUUGAUAACAAGUACUUCACCUUCAGCGGGGUCUGCCAGUACCUGCUGGCCCGGGACUGCCAGGACCACUCCUUCUCUGUCAUCAUAGAUACCGUGCAGUGUGCCGAUGACCCCGACUCUGUCUGCACUCGCUCUGUCACUGUACGCCUGUCCAGCCCGCACAACAGCCUUGUGAAGCUGAAGCAUGGGGGAGGAGUCGCCGUGGACGGCCAGGACGUCCAGAUCCCCCUCCUGCAAGGUGGCCUCCGCAUUCAGCGCACAGUGACGGCCUCUGUGCACCUCGGCUAUGGGGAGGACCUGCAGAUAGACUGGGACGGCCGCGGGAGGCUGCUGGUGAAGCUGUCCCCAGUCUACGCGGGGAGGACCUGCGGCCUGUGCGGGAAUUACAACGGCAACCGGCGGGACGACUUCCUGACGCCCGCGGGCCUGGCGGAGCCGCUGGCCGAGCACUUCGGGAACUCCUGGAAGCUGCGCGGAGACUGCGAGGACCUGCGGAGGCAGCCCAGCGACCCGUGCAGCCUCAACCCGCGCCAGAGUACGUUCGCGGAGGAGGCCUGCGCCGUCCUGACGUCCCCCAAGUUCGAGGCCUGCCACAGCGCCGUGGGCCCGCUGCCCUACCUGCAGAACUGCCGCUACGACGUGUGCUCGUGCUCUGACGGAGGAGACUGCCUGUGCGACGCGGUGGCCAGCUACGCGGCGGCCUGCGCCCGGAGAGGCGUGCACAUCGCGUGGCGGGAGCCCGGCUUCUGUGCCCUGAGCUGCCCGCGGGGCCAGGUGUACCUGCAGUGCGGGGCCCCCUGCAACGCGACCUGCCGCUCCCUCUCUCACCCGGAUGACGAGUGCCACGAGGUCUGCCUUGAGGGCUGCUUCUGCCCCUCCGGGCUCUACCUGGAUGAGGCGGGGGACUGCGUGCCCAGGGCCCAGUGCCCCUGUUACUACGACGGUGAAAUCUUCCAGCCCGAAGACGUCUUCUCAGACCAUCACACCGUGUGCUACUGUGAGAAUGGCUUCAUGCACUGUUCCACCAGCGGAGCCCCGGGGAGCCUGCUGCCCGACACCGUCCUCGGCGGUCCCCUGUCCCACCGCAGCAAAAGGAGCCUGUUCUGCCGGCCCCCCAUGGUCAAGCUGGUGUGUCCCGCUGACAACCCGAGGGCGGAAGGGCUCGAGUGUGCCAAAACCUGCCAGAACUACGACCUGGAGUGUGUGAGCGCAGGCUGCGUGUCUGGCUGCCUCUGUCCCCCGGGCAUGGUCCGGCACGAGAACAGGUGUGUGGCCCUGGAAAGGUGUCCCUGCUUCCACCAGGGCAGAGAAUAUGCCCCCGGAGAGACGCUGAAGAUUGACUGCAACACUUGUGUCUGUCGGGACCGGAAGUGGAACUGCUCGGACCACAUGUGUGACGCCUCGUGCUCGGCCCUGGGCCUGGCUCACUACCUCACCUUCGAUGGGCUCAAGUACCUGUUCCCCGGGGAGUGCCAGUAUGUCCUGGUGCAGGAUCACUGUGGCGGUAACCCUGGGACCUUCCGGAUCCUGGUGGGGAAUGAGGGCUGCGGCUACCCCUCCCUGAAGUGCAGGAAGCGGGUCACCAUCCUGGUGGAAGGAGGGGAGAUCGAGCUGUUUGAUGGGGAGGUGAGUGUGAAGAGGCCCAUGAAAGAUGAGACGCACUUCGAAGUGGUGGAGUCCGGCCGGUACAUCACGGUCCUGCUGGGCAAGGCCAUCUCCGUGGUCUGGGACCGCCACCUGAGCGUCUCCGUGUUCCUGAAGCAGACUUACCAGGAGCAGGUGUGUGGCCUGUGUGGGACUUUCGACGGUGUCCAGAACAAUGACCUCACCAGCAGCAGCCUCCAGGUGGAGGAGGACCCCGUGGACUUCGGGAACUCCUGGAAAGUGAGCGCGCAGUGCGCUGACGCCAGGAAGGUGCCGCUGGACGCGUCCCCUGCCACCUGCCGCAGCAGCGUCCUAAAGCAGACGAUGGUGGACUCCUCCUGCAGGAUCCUCACCAGUGACAUUUUCCGGGACUGCAACAUGCUGGUGGACCCGGAGCCAUACCUGGACACCUGCAUCUAUGACACCUGCUCCUGUGAGUCCAUUGGGGACUGCGCCUGCUUCUGUGACACUGUUGCUGCCUACGCCCACGUGUGUGCCCAGCACGGCAGCGUGGUGGCCUGGAGGACGGCCACGUUGUGCCCCCAGAGCUGUGAGGAGAGGAACCUGCGGGAGGGCGGCUACGAGUGCGAAUGGCGCUACAACAGCUGUGUUUGUCGUGCAGGGAAAAUCUUGGAUGAGCUUUUGCAGACCUGCGUGGACCCCAAAGACUGCCCGGUGUGUGAGGUGGCCGGCCGGCGCUUAGCCCCGGGAAAGAAGAUCACCCUGAACCCCGGGGACCCUGACCACUGCCAGACUUGUCACUGUGAUGGUGUCAACCUCACCUGUGAAGCCUGCGGGGAGCUGGGGGGCCUGGAGGCACCCCCCACCGAAGGCCCGGCCAGCACCACCAGCUCGUACGUGGAGGACACCCCGGAGCCGCCCUUGCACAGCUUCCUGUGCAGCAGACUCCUGGACCUGGUCUUCCUGCUGGACGGCUCCAACAAGCUGUCCGAGGCCGACUUCGGGGUGCUGAAGGACUUCGUGGUAGGCAUGAUGGAGCGCCUGCACAUCUCCCAGAAGCGCAUCCGCGUGGCCGUGGUAGAGUACCACGACGGCUCCCACGCCUACAUCGCACUCCGGGACCGGAAGCGACCCUCGGAGCUGCGGCGCAUCGCCAGCCAGGUGAGGUACGCAGGCAGCACGGUGGCCUCCACCAGUGAGGUCCUGAAGUACACGCUCUUCCAGAUCUUCAGCAAGAUCGACCGGCCCGAAGCCUCCCGCGUGGUCCUGCUGCUCGUGGCCAGCCAGGAGCCCGCCAAGCUGUCCCGGAACUUUGCCCGCUACGUCCAGGGCCUGAAGAAGAAGAAGGUCUCCGUGGUCGCGGUGGGCAUCGGGCCCCACGCCAACCUGAAGCAGGUCCGCUUCAUCGAGAAGCAGGCCCCCGAGAACAAGGCCUUCGAGCUCGGUGGGGUGGGCGAGCUGGAGCAGCGGAGGGACGAGAUCAUCGGCUACCUCUGCGACCUUGCCCCCGAAGUGCCUGCCCCGACGCCGCACCCCCACGUGGCACAGGUCACCGUGGGCCCUGAGCUCCUGGGGGUUUCGACGGCGGGACCCCGGAGGUGCUCCGUGGUCCUGGAUGUGGUCUUCGUCCUGGAAGGGUCAGACAAGGUGGGCGAGGCCAACUUCAACAGGAGCACCGAGUUCGUGGCAGAGGUGGUUCGGCGGAUGGAUGUGGGCCGGGACAGCGUCCACAUCGCCGUGCUGCAGUACUCACACGCGGUGGCCGAGGAGUACUCCUUCAGCAAGGCGCAGUCCACGGGGGACGUCCUGCAGCGAGUGCAGGGGAUCCGCUACCAGGGCGGCAACGAGACCAACACUGGGCUGGCCCUGCAGUAUCUGACCGAGCACAGCUUCUCGGCCAGGGAGGGGGACCGGGAGCAGGCGCCUAACCUGGUCUACAUGGUCACAGGGAACCCUGCCUCGGACGAGAUCAGGCGGAUGCCAGGGGACAUCCAGGUGGUGCCCAUCGGAGUGGGCCCCAGCGUGGACAGGCAGGAACUGGAGAGGAUCGGCUGGCCCAACGCCCCCAUCUUCAUCCAGGACUUUGAGAUGCUCCCCCGAGAGGCUCCUGAUCUGGUGCUACAGAGGUGCUGCUCCGAAGAGAGGCCGCACCUCACCACCCUCUCCCCUGCCCCAGCCUGCAGCGAGCCCCUGGACGUGGUCCUCCUCCUUGACGGCUCCUCCAGCUCUCCAGCUUCCUACUUUGAUGAAAUGAAGACUUUCGCCAAGGAUUUCAUUUCAAAAGCCAAUAUAGGGCCUCAGCUCACCCAGGUGUCCGUGCUGCAGUACGGAAGCAUCACCACCGCUGACGUGCCGUGGAACGUGGCCCAGGCGACAGCCCACUUGCUGAGCCUCGUGGACCUCAUGCAGCGGGAGGGCGGCCCCAGCCAAAUCGGGGCUGCCUUGGCCUUUGCGGUGCGAUAUGUCACUUCCGAGGUCCAUGGUGCCAGGCCCGGCGCCUCCAAGGCGGUGGUGAUCCUGGUCACGGAGGCCUCCGUGGAUUCGGUUGAUGAAGCAGCCGCUGCCGCCAGAUCCAACCGAGUGGCAGUGUUCCCCAUUGGAAUUGGGGAUCGGUAUGACCCAGCCCAGCUGAGGACCUUGGCAGGCCCAGGGGCCAGCUCCAACGUGCUGAAGCUCCAGCGAAUCGAAGACCUCCCCAUCAUGGUCACCCUGGGCGACUCCUUCCACCACAAGCUGUGCUCUGAGUUCGUCAGAGUCUGCGUGGAUGAGGACGGGGGUGAGAGGAGGCCCGGGGACGUCUGGACCUUGCCGGAUCAGUGCCACACAGUGACCUGCCUGCCAGAUGGCCAGACCUUGCUGAAGAGCCAUCGGGUCAACUGUGACCAGGGGCCGCGGCCUUCCUGCCCCAAUAGCCAGUCCCCUAUCCGGGUGGAGGAGACCUGUGGCUGCCGCUGGACCUGCCCCUGUGUGUGCACUGGCAGCUCUACCCGGCACAUUGUGACCUUUGACGGACAGAAUUUCAAGCUGACUGGCAGCUGCUCGUAUGUCCUGUUUCACAGCAAGGAGCAGGACCUGGAGGUGGUUCUCCAUAGCGGUGCCUGCGGCACUGGGGCGAGGCAGGCCUGCGUGACAGCCAUUGAGGUGAAGCACGACGGCCUCUCCGUCCAGCUCCGCAGCGACAUGCAGGUGGAGGUGAAUGGGAGACUGGUCUCUGUCCCUUACACGGGUGGGAACCUGGAGGUCAGUAUCUAUGGUACCAUCAUGUAUGAGGUCAGAUUCAACCAUCUCGGCCACAUCUUCACCUUCACGCCCCAAAACAACGAGUUCCAGCUGCAGCUGAGCCCAAAGACCUUUGCCUCGAAGGUGUACGGUCUCUGUGGGAUCUGUGAUGAGAACGGGGCCAAUGACUUCAUGCUGAAGGAUGGCACGGUCACCACAGACUGGAGGACGCUGGUCCAGGAGUGGACGGUACAGCAGCCGGGGCAGACGUGCCAGUCGGUUCCCGAGGAGCAAUGUCCUGUACCUGGGGCCUCUCCCUGCCACGUCAUCCUCUCAGCACUGUUUGCCGAGUGCCACAAGGUCGUGGCUCCGGACACAUUUCAUGCCAUCUGCCAGCAAGAGAGUUGCCACCAGGAGAAAGUGUGCGAGGCAGUUGCCUCUUACGCCCACCUCUGUCGGACCAAGGGGGUGUGUGUUGACUGGAGGACCCCUGAGUUCUGCGCUGUGUCCUGCCCGCCGUCCCUGGUGUACAACCACUGUGAGUCCCGCUGCCCCCAGCACUGUGAGGGCAAUUCCAGCUCCUGCGGGGACCACCCCUCGGAAGGCUGCUUCUGCCCCCCGCACCAGGUGAUGCUGAAAGGUGGCUGUGUCCCCGAGGAGGCCUGCACCCAGUGUGUCGGUGACGAUGGAACCCGGCACCAGUUCCUAGAAACGUGGGUCCCGGACCACCAGCCCUGCCAGAUCUGCACGUGUCUCAGCGGGCGGAGGGUCAACUGCACGGCGCAGCCCUGCCCCACGGCCAGAGCUCCCGCGUGCGGCCCGUGUGAAGUGGCCCGUCUCCGCCAGGGCUCGCGCCAGUGCUGCCCCGAGUACGAGUGUGUGUGCGACCUGGUGACCUGUGACCUGCCCCUGGUGCCUCCCUGUGCCGAUGGCCUCCAGCUGACGCUGACCAAUCCCGGCGAGUGUAGACCCAACUUCACCUGUGCCUGCAGGAAGGAGGAGUGCCAGACGGGGCCCCCGCCCUCCUGUCCCCCGCACCGGACGCCGGCCCUUCGGAAGACCCAGUGCUGCGAGGAAUACGAGUGUGCUUGUAACUGCGUCAGCUCCACCGUGAGCUGCCCACGGGGCUACCUGGCCUCGGCCCUCACCAACGACUGCGGCUGCACCACGACCACCUGCCUCCCUGACAAGGUGUGCGUCCACCGAGGCACCGUCUACCCUGUGGGCCAGUUCUGGGAGGAGGGCUGUGACGUGUGCACCUGCACUGACCUGGAGGAUGCAGUGAUGGGUCUCCGUGUGGCCCAGUGCUCUCAGAAGCCCUGCGAAGACAGCUGCCAGCCGGGCUUCGAUUACAUCCUGCACGAAGGCGAGUGCUGCGGCAGGUGCCUGCCGUCUGCCUGCGAGGUGAUGAUCGGCUCACUGCGGCGAGACUACCAUUCUUCCUGGAAGAGCGUGGGCUCUCACUGGGUCUCCCCUGAGAACCCCUGCCUCAUCCACGAGUGCGUCCGAGUCAAGGAGGAGGUCUUUGUGCAGCAGAGGAACAUCUCCUGCCCCCAGCUGGCCAUCCCCACCUGCCCCCCCGGCUUCCAGCUGAGCUGCAAGGCCUCCGACUGCUGCCCCGCCUGUCGCUGUGAGCCCAUGGAGGCCUGCAUACUCAACGACACCAUCAUUGGGCCCGGGAAGAGUCUGAUGGUUGACGUGUGCACGACUUGCAGCUGCGCCGUCCAGGAGGGGGUCGUCUCCGGGUUCAAGCUGGAAUGCAGGAAGACGACCUGCGAGCCCUGCCCCCCGGGUUACAAGGAAGAGAAGCUGCAGGGGGAAUGCUGUGGGAGAUGUCUGCCUACGGCCUGCACCAUCCAGCUACGAGGGGGGCAGAUCCUGACACUGAAGCCCGGUGAGAAAUUGCAGGAUGGCUGUGACAGUCACUUCUGCAGGGCCAACGAGAGAGGACAGUACACCUGGGAGAAGAGGGUCAUGGGCUGCCUACCCUUUGAUGAACACAGAUGUCUGGCCGAGGGGGGGAAAAUCGUGAAAAUUCCAGGCACGUGUUGUGACACAUGCGAGGAGCCCGAGUGCAAGGACAUCGCCGCCAGGGUGCAGUACAUCAGGGUGGGGGACUGUCAGUCUGAAGAGGAAGUGGACAUUCACUACUGCCAGGGCAAGUGCGCCAGCAAAGCCAUAUACUCCAUCGAAGCGGAGGAUGUGCAGGACCACUGCUCUUGCUGCUCGCCCGCACGGAUGGAGCCCAAGCUAGUGCCCCUGCGCUGCACCAACGGCUCCAUCGUCCACCACGAGAUCCUCAACGCCAUGCAGUGCACGUGCUCCCCCAGGAAAUGCAGCAAGUGAGGCCCUGCCUCGCCCUGGACACCCGCCGCCAUCCGCCACGGCAACCACCAAUUGGCGCACGCGCGCUCUGCUCUCGUGCUCCCCCGCACCCCCACCUCGGGCCCACAAUAAAGGCCAAUCUCUCAUCUUGA